AUGGGCUUGUCGGAGGAUGGGGAAGAAGCUGUAGAGCGGCGAUUUGAAGAAAUAUGUUUGGAUUUGAACAUGGAUAAACAUCCACGAGAAGAAUCAUGGAACAACUAUAGAAAGAUUCGCGAAAAUUACACAUUAGAAGGUGAUCAGCUGCACUGGCUGGCAUGUGCUCUGUACGAAGCCUGCAGGCGCAGCGUGGUGCCGACAGUAGGGAAGGGGACGAUAGAGGGCAACUGUGUCUCCCUCACAAGACUACUUCGCUCUGCUGGAAGGUUCAGUUUAAUCCAGUUUUUCAACAAAAUGAAGAAGUGGGCUGACAUGGCCAACCUCCCUCAAGAAUUCAGGGAUAAAGUAAACAGACUAGAAAGAAACUUUGCAGUGUCUACAGUGAUUUUCAAGAAGUUUGAACCCAUAUUUCUGGAUAUCUUCAGAAGUCCCCUAGAUGAACCUCCAAAACAGAACAGAAGUAGGAAGCAGAGGAGACUUCCAUGUUCCUCGACUGAUGUGUUUAACUUUUGUUGGACAAUGUUUGUACAAGUCAAAGGAAACUUUCCUGCCAUUAGUGAUGAUUUGGUCAACUCUUAUCAUCUCCUGUUGUCCUGUAUCGACUGGUUCUACGCCAAUGCUCUUCUUGGAGGCAGAAAAGAUUUAUUAAAUGCAGACUUCACUGGUUUACCGGAUGGUUAUCACUCCAAAGAUUGGAAACCCCCUACUGAACCUCCCUGUAUCAUCAAACUGCUGUGUGAGAAACAUGAGGGGCUGGAGCUGGAGGCUAAGGUUAUUAAAGAACAUUGGUGGAAACCUCAUAUUCGCAAACUGUUUGGCAAGAAAGUAUUGAAGGGGAAACCAGAGACUUUAUCAGCAAUACUGGAGAUUGGAAACUUUGAAGCAAACAGUAUUGCUAUCAACCAAAGUUAUGAAGAGUUUCCUUUACGCUAUAGCAGUAAAACAAUAAACAAUCAGUAUGAAGAGUAUGUACUAAGUGUUGGAGACUUUGAUGAGAGGAUAUUCCUUGGGGAUGAUGCAGAUGAGGAGAUAGGUACUCCUGCUAGGGCUUCUGAAGAGGUCACAGGCGAGUUUUCAGAAAGGAUGAAUGUGAAGAAUAAUUUGCAACAACAUUUUGAAGAGACGAGAAGUCUGGCCCCUCUCACCCCUCUUACUGGCAGACGAUAUCUGAAGGAGAAGGAUCACAGCAUUACCCCAGUAUCCACUGCCACACAGAGCGUUGGAAGACUCCAACAUCUCCUGUCUGGACGUAAAACUGGACCCAGUGACGAGCUUCUACAACUGUUCCAAGAAUGCAAAAAAGAUCCAAAUGAAUCCAUCAUUCCUCGGUUAAAGGAGAUGGGUGAUGUUUUCUGCAGUCAUUACGUCCAGCCUACUGAGGACCAUCCAGGGGCGCAUAUUGACUUUGCUAAACGUCGUCUCCAGCUGGGUGAGAGCCUAUAUUUUAAGACCUUAGAGAGUAUUAUCAUGUCCGAGAAGAAACGCAGACAAGGCAGCACCUUGGCAGCAAUAACUGCUUUGUUGGAGCAGGACAUGUUCCACCGGUCACUAAUCGCCUGCUGUUUAGAAAUAGUUAUUUUCUCCUACAACUCCCAGAGAAUGUUUCCUUGGAUAGUGGAGAUAUUUGAGCUGAGUGCCUACCAUUUCUACAAGGUUGUGGAGAUCAUCAUCAGAGCAGAGGAAGGGCUUUCACGAGACAUGGUCAAACAUCUUAAUCAUAUUGAGGAGAGUAUUUUAGAGUGUCAUGCCUGGAGAAAUGAAUCCCCGCUCUGGGACUCAAUCAGAGACCAGAAUAGCACAGUGCCAGCUUGUGAAGAGGUGAUUUUACCAAGCCAGCUGGAAUCUGUACAAGUCAACUCUCCAAUGGUGCACCCAGCUGUCAAAAGACUGCAGGUAGAUGAGGUUCGUAGUGGGCAGCAGCAACAACCAGCAACAACAACUGUGAGAGAAUCUCUUCCUUCUCCUCCUGGGGCCACUACAAUGGCAAGUGAUCGGUUUAGCUCACCCUCCCCAGGAUCAGCUAAGAGACGUCUUUUUAUUACCAAGCACUCUGUGACAAGCCAGACCUCUGAGGGAGAGGGGUCUAACACUACCACAACCGCCACUUCAACCACGUCUACCAUGCCGACCCAAAUAAUAGCAUUCCAGCAGGCGCAGACGGAGGAUGGGCGACAGGUGUUGAUACCAGUACAUACUAUAUUACCCCAGAAUACUUCCAACACGUCGACCUCCUCUACAACCUCUGCCACAACAACGCCCACAGUCUCUACACAGUCCACACAGACUGGCAACAAACCCAAGAAAACAGGCUCUCUUGCACUAUUCUUUAGAAAGAUGUACCACCUAGCCAGUGUUAGACUGACAGAUCUAUGUGACCGUCUACAAGUGGAUGAUGACGACCUUCGACAGAAGAUGUGGACUUGUUUUGAACACACGCUCGUCCAUCAUACAGAUCUGAUGAUGGACCGUCACAUAGACCAGAUGAUCAUGUGUGCAAUAUACGUCAUGGCCAAGGUGACCGAUCACCCUCAGUCUUUCCAAAAUAUUAUGAAGUGCUAUAGACUUCAACCACAGGCACAAAGUCAUGUGUACCGUAGUGUGUUGAUAAGUGGUAGACGGAGACGAACCUCUGGCAGCAGUGACAGUAGUAAAAAUGGAACUAGUGGCUCAUCUUCACCAGUUCCAGAAAUCAAGGAGGAAGCGACAACAAAACGAAAAGGUGAAAUACGAUCAUCUAGUACUUUACCUGUACCCCAUCCAAGUAGUCACCCUCCAACCCCCACACGAUUACUUACAACAGGGCCUGGCUUUGAUUUAGGGGAGGAGCGAGGAGAUCUCAUUAUGUUCUACAACAUGGUUUAUGUAGGAAGCAUGAAGAAAUUUGCUAUGAAGUUUUCUUCACAAAGUCAAUCUGAGGACUGUCCACCACUGUCGCCUCUGCCCAUGUCUAAAGUCCACCCUUCCUCGCCUCGGCGUGUGUCUGGUAACCAUUGCGUGUACAUAUCACCUCACAAACUCACUAACAAUCUACCUAGUGAGAGGAUGUUGUACUGCUUCCAGAAGAGUCCAGCAAAGGACUUGCGUGCAAUAAACAGAAUGAUCAAGAUGAAUGAGAAGAAAACAUCUUUCCUCGGUAAAAGAGUGCUUAACGUUGAUAAAGACAAUGAAGGACCUAGUCCAGCCAAACAAAUAUAUCAGGGUACUGGUAUAUCAUUAAUGAGGCGCUUACAAAACCUGAACAAUGACCGACAGGAAAAUGCCCAGUGAUCUCCCUAGACAACACUAGACCUACAAUGUCUAGGAACACAGUCUGGAAGUAGUGCUGUGAUGAUUAAGCUGCAUUAAAUACAAUCAUGUUGUUCCUGUAUACUGAUUUCUGUGACAUUCUCAAGAAAUUUUCAUACUUACUUGUGUACCAAUUCUCGCCACUGACAUAAACUCACAGGACUGUUUUCUAUCAGUGAUAUCUCUUUCACACUAUCUCCAUAUCCUCUCUCUCUCUCUCACACACUAUCUCCAUAUCCUCUCUCUCUCUCUCUCUCUUUCUCUCUCUCUCUCUCACACACGAUCUCCAUAUCCUCUCUCUCUCUCUCUCUCUCGCACACACG